AUGCUGUCGCGCAGCACAUGGACUCGCGCCAUGACCCCGCGCGUCGCGCUCACGACGCUGGGCCUGACCUCCGCCUCCGUCUUGGACAUCUCCCAGUCCCGUGUGAAGAAGGCGUACAUUGCGCAGACGCUGCGCUGCCACCCCGACCUGCACCCCGAUGAUCCCGACGCGACUGAAAAGUUCCGGCGUCUCUCCGAGGCCUUCCGUGUGGCGCUGAAGUCGCUUGAAAUGGGGCUGCACGCGGGGGCCGCCGUGAGGAACGUCUCCGUGGACGACGGUCAAGGUGUGCUGGAUGCGCUGCGUCACGCCAUCGCGGCGUACCACAGCUGCCGAGACGCCACACGCGGCGGCGGGGCGGAGGCGGAGGCGGAGGCGCGUCAUGCGGCGGAGCGACUGGACACGUUUUCCUCGCACUCGUUGGAGUAUGUCUCGUCGGUUUGCCAGACGGAGGCGCUCGCCAUGCGGCGCGUGAAGCAGUUCUGCGACGAGCUUCCGGAGGUGCUGUGUGGAAAAUCGUGUGUCCUCUUCGAGGCGGUGGCAUUCUUCAACGCUCGCUACGUAGAGGCCAUGUCGCGCUGCGUCCUGCGCUUUUCGAGGCACCUCCCCAUCAUCGUCAAUCGCGUGGUGAAGGGACGCAAGCGGCACGUGCGGUACACGUACAACCAGGCGAACUCCGGGGUUGCGACGGGCAGCCGACCGCGGCAGCAGCGCAUCGAGGAAAUGGCAAUGAAGCCGCUUGUGCUUGUGGGGGCGCUCCUGUUUAAUCUGGCACCGACGCUGACCGCGGACGCGCGUGCGGCGCGGCGCCUCGAGGGCAGCCAGGCGCCCCCAGACGCCCACGAGGAGGUGAAGAGCACAUGCGGCGCCGUCUCGGAAAAGGAAAUAAAGAUAUGUGAGGAACUGAAGUGCACCAUCUACCCCUCAGACUCCAUAGGCGACAUCACGGAGAAAAUUGGGAAGUGGGAGGCGGCGAGCUACGAGAGACUGCAGCUGGAGCUGGCGAUGGUGGACACCACCUCUUUGCUUUCAAACAUGCUGGAUCUGCACGAGCACGCACUUACAGUCAUGCAUCACCUGCACCUUUCAAAGGAAGUCUCUGAGAAGGUUUCGCUCACGCUUCAAAAACUUGUCUGCGGGUUAUGCUACCACUGCGACGAUCCCAUGCAGGACUAUGAGGAAGCUGCAUGCGGGGACGGAGGAGGAGAAGAAGCUGGUGAGAAACCGAUUGCGGACGGCAUCCGUCGUUGCCGGCGCUUGGCGCGCCUGACGGCGCCUUACAUCGAGGGAAACAUCGCCUUGACUUGGAACGGCGAGACCCCGUUGGUGGAGAGCACGGAGGAAGUGGCUGUUGGGGACGAAGACGGAGCCUUCUGGAGGAAGUGUGGGAAAAAGGAUGCCGUGAAUCACGACAUUGUGGUCGCUCGUCACAUGUCAUGCUGCACGGCUGAAGUGAUACGCUUCUCCGUCGCCGUUAAGCUGUCUAAAGACAUUGGGGAGUUUCUGACGCGCCUGAUAGCUGCCAUGGAAAGCGUCCAAGAGCAGGCCGAAUUUGCCAAUUCGUUGCUGCCGCGGCUGCUCGGUGUGAGGGAGAAGGUGGUGAAUGAGGAAUUUAUCCCGGUGCAAAAGCAACCGUGCGGUGAGGAAGCACCUUCCUUGAAGGCGAGGGAAAAGGAGGAGGAAGGAGGGGGAGUGGCUGGAAUGUGCGCGGGGGCAGAAGCGAGGGCGAAUUUACACGACCCUGGUGUUACUGUCAAGGAGGCGUCGUGCGAGGGGCACAACGGGGAGGAAACCAGCGAAGCCGCUGGAUAUUGCUAUCGAGGGCCAAUCCGCUGCUUCCCGCGCAUUUUUUCUAUGAGUACUGCAAUGGAGUUAAACUACUGGCAGAUGUUGCAUGAGAACCGCGCCUAUUUGGCGCAGCACGCUCCUGCGAUGAAUCCCAUUAAUGUGUAUUACAACUGCCUGCCGCAUAAGCCGCACCCGCACGCUAUGCAGGUCGAAGAAAAUUCUUUCAAGGAAGAGUUAGUUGGAGGAUGGAUUGGCGAAGCUGAGGAUGGGACAGAUGACGCCGUCAUCACCCAUAAGGAGUUGGAAAGUGGCCCCGCGUUCCGGGAGUGGCUAGAGGACGUUGUGGAGCUGUCUUCGCUUAACAGGGAGUGUCACCGAAUCGCGGGCGAGGCCGGAGUUGGUUACGUUAUGAGAGACCCUACACUCCCACUCCCGCAAUAUCUGUCAUUUGUCAAAGUAUUCUGCGCAGCUGCCGGGGUGCGUGGAAUUCUUGAAAAGAAAGCAGGCAGGACACGCACAGCGACAGCAGAAGACACGGGACUACUCAUCGUUGUCGGGACGGAGUGUGACGUGCGAGAUGGUGGCCGCCUGCUCGUGCCGUGGUGGAUGGAUCCAUCGGUUCUUUUGGCGCUGCUGCAAGACGACACCCAAGAUGGCGGGACCAGGCUGAUUGAGGAAGGUGUGGAGCAGCCUUUCGCAGGAGGAUCGCUUUAA